AUGGAAGGGGUUAGUGUUUCAAUGAAAGAAGCUUGUGACCGCCAUAUCUUUCAAGGUAUUUCUUUACCUCAUGGUGGGCCUAUCUUGUCUCAUCUUAUGUAUGUGGGAGAGUGGUCUGAAAUUAAUUUCUUGAAUUUAAAUCGAAUCCUUAGAUGCUUUUUUCUUGCUUCGGGUUUGAAGGUGAAUCUUUGUAAAAGUAAGGUCUUUGGUAUCGGGGUGGAUGAUAUUGAUAUUGCUAUGCUUGCUAGUAUUUUGCAUUGUGAAUCCGCUUCUUUCCCAUUUUCCUAUCUUGGCCUUCCUAUUGGGGAUAAUAUGAAGCUUACUAGGAAUUGGAAUCCCAUUGUGAAGAAAUUUAAUGCCAAGCUAUCAUUAUGGAAGGCUAGAUCCCUCUCGUUUGGAGGAAGACUCACUAUUGUGAAAUCUAAUUUAAGUAGUUUGCCUUUGUACUAUUUCUCAAAUUUUAAAGCUCCAAAGAAGAUUAUUGAGUUGCUAGAAGAGCUAUUCACAACAUCGAUUGUAUUGAUGGAAAACCUUUGGCUAAAUGUGGAAAUUAGAGGCUGGAAUCGAACUCAUUUCUGGAAGGAAAAAUGGUGCGGAGAUAUAACUUUAAAAGAUACAUUUCCGAAGUUAUACAAAAUUGAGUCAAAUAAAAAUUGCAAGGUUUCAGACAGAUUGGAGGGUAGAGAUGAAUCUAAGGGUAGUUAUUCAUGGCUUUUCUCGGUUUCUUAUCUUAGAGGUUUGAUGGCGUUAAAUCUUGGUGCAAAUGGCAACAUGGCUGACUUUCAAUGGCAUGAUCCCGUUUGCUUAUAA